AUGAAGAAGGGGGUGACAUCGCUGGCCGGCCGUGAGGUGGAACGGGUAGUGGCAUUCGCAGACACGCCGCACCCGGCGGAACAUACGACCAUGGAGUUCGUGAGCCUGGUGGAUCAGUCACAUGUGGAAACCCACAACAGCCAAGAUGUACGAUUCUUCACAGACGGCAGCAGGAUCGAGGGCAAAGUCGGAGCGGCACUCUCCCUUUGGGAUAGGGAGGCCGAGAUCAAGUCCUCGAAACUUAGUCUGCCUUCUUGCUGUACUGUCUACCAGGCGGAACUCCUGGCAAUAUGCGUAGCCACCAGACAGAUACUGCGGCGCGGGGAGGGAGCUUUUGGCAUCUAUAGUGACUCAAAGGCCGCACUACAGACAGUCACGAACCAGAGUGCCCUCCAUGCCUUAGCAGUGGAAGCCAGAGCCAACCUCGACAUGGCUUUAUCCCAGGGCAAAGAUAUAUCCUUGUUCUGGAUAAAGGCACACGCUGGACUGGAAGGGAAUGAGCGCGCCGAUCACCUGGCCAAAGAAGUGGCUCUAAAAAGAAAAACGAAGCCGGAUUAUGACCUCUGCCCGGUUUCAUUCGUCAGGCGACAGAUCCGUUUGGAGUCGCUGGCUGAGUGA